UGAGCAAAAAAAAAACGAGCAUGGAGUCGUUUAACUGGACAUCGAUCAUUACUAGUUCACAAUAAUAUUUGUAUAUUAUAAAUUAAUCAACUCAAUUUUUAUCGUAAACAAUUAAGUUCCUAUUAUUUAUUUGUGUAACAAUAAUUGCUUUUAAUCAAUUUCCUUAAGAUAAGUGUAAAGCUGCUGGUCAGGUUAUAUUAUUUUUUGCGAAAACAGUAAUCGUGAUUAUUCAUUGAAUAUUUUUUGAAAUAAGACUAAUAAUGCAACAAGAAUGAAGUGCCAUUACGAAGUUUUGUGUGUUACACGCGAGGCAAGCGCAUCGGAAAUAAAAAAAGCCUAUCGGCGUCUCGCACUGCAGUGGCAUCCUGAUAAAAACUUAGACAAUUUACAAGAAGCGAAAGAGCAGUUUCAAUUAGUGCAGAACGCUUAUGAAGUACUCUCUGAUCCUCAAGAAAGAGCAUGGUAUGACAAUCAUCGCGAGCAAUUGUUACGUGGUGCAGGCAGUUCCUAUAAUGAUGAUAGUUUUGAUGUUUACCCCUACUUUAGUCCGUCCUGUUACAAAGGCUUUGGUGAUGAUCCCCAAGGAUUCUAUGGAGUUUAUUCUGAGGUAUUCUCCAAAUUGGCUUCUGAGGAGACAGAUUUUCUGGAUGACCCAGAAGAUGUGGCAAAUAUUCCUAAAUUUGGAAACUCCAAAACUCCUUACGAAGAUGUGCAUGAAUUUUAUGCUUAUUGGAUGUCCUUUUCCACAAAUAAAAGUUAUGUAUGGUUAGACCAAUAUGAAAUAUCACAGGGUGAUAACCGUAGAGUUAUCAAAUUGAUGGAGAAAGAAAAUAAUAAAAUAAGACAGAAGGCUCGCAAGGAAAGGAAUGAGGAGAUAAGAAGGCUAGUGAGCUUUGUACGUAGGAAGGACAAGCGAGUUAUUGAACAUACAAAGCAACUGCAAGAAAAGGCUGAGGAAAAUAAAAGAAAGGCUGAACAGGUAAGAAGAGAAAGGAUAAUUCAAAGACAAAAAGAAAUAGAAGAAGCUAAAAAGAAAGAAGGCGAGUCCUCUUUUCUCCAAAGUGAGGAGUAUCAGAAGAAACUCAGUGAGAUUGAAUCCUUGUUAGCAGAAGAGUUUGGUUUGUCUUCCGACGACGACACCAUAAGCGAGGGUGGUAUGGAAAGCAGCAAUGAAGAAAGUUCUAAGACUGAAGAAGUGAGUGAAAUGUCAAAGGCAACUAAAUCAUCAGCUAAGAAUAAGUCAGCAAUGAGGAACCUGUACUGCUCAGCUUGUAAUAAGUUAUUUAAAAAUAUUAAUUCAUUUGAAAAUCACGAAAAUAGUAAAAAACAUAAGGAGAAUGUCGCAAAUAUGGCCAUGGAUGAUGACAUUAAUAUUUCUGACUUUGAAGAAGAUGUAGGGAGGCAAGAGACUAUGACUAAGAAUGAACAGAUUAAUGGACAAACAGAAGAAGAUGACGGUAUGGGUAAUUCAACUUCUGAUAUAGAAGAUAAUGACAUUAGGGAGACUUUAAGUGAUGAUUCUGACAAAAUACAGGCCUUGCCUAAGAGUCAGAAGAAAAAGAAAAAUAAAAAGAAGUCAUUUAUACCUAUGCCUGAAAGUGAGGGCAACGAUAGUCAUGAUGAAAUGAGUUUUAAUGAAAUUGAGGGUCCUUCUAGAAGUAGGAAAGCUAAGAAGUUUAAUAUGCUUAAGAGUCAAAUACAGGCAAAGAAAGAAGCAAAUCUCAAAAAAGGAUCACAAUCUCAAACUUCAACGGAAAAUUUAUAUGAAGUUUCUAGUACAACACCUACGGAUGACGCCCUAGGGGAUGUUGGAUUUCCAAGAGAUAGGCCUUCUUUACCAAAGACUCAAAGAAAUAUAAAAGCAAAAAAAUUAGUUGAAAGAAAGCCAUUGCGGACAAAAGCUAGCGAGACUGAAGAUUCCAGUAGUGCACUGAAUCUUAGAUGUGUUGUUUGUCAAGCUGAUUUCCAGUCAAAGAAUAAAUUGUUUGAUCAUUUAAAAAAAACGGGUCAUUGUGUACCAAUUCCUCAAACUAAUGUCAGUCAAAAGAAGGGUAAAAAAGGUAAUAGGUAAAUGUGCAAUGAAUUUAGAUAGGAAGAAAAGUAUUAAUUAUUCAUUGAGAAUCAAAAGAUUUUCUUCAAAUCCUUACAAAAUGUAAAGUGAAUUUAUCAUUCUAUUUAUUAAAUUUAUGAUCACUCAAUAAAAUAUGCCUAAUGAA